AUGGAUUAUGGGUUUUUCUGUAGGGUUCUAUAGUGCCAUAGUGGUUCAUAACUAGAUUACCAAUUUACCAGUUGAGAUGAAAAAAAUCCUGAUUGUAACUGUAGAUUCUCAAGUAGCUAAAAGUUCUCGACUGUAACUAGGCCGGAGUUGUUUAAUUACCCAGCUAAACGUACAAAAGGUAGAAGAGCAUUCAAACACGGAACCAAAACUAGUGAAGUCUGCGCACAAGUCUUCCUAACAAUGUCCCACCACAUUCUGUGAACUCCAUUGUUACAUAAACCAGUCAAGCAUGAAAGUCCACUCCGUCCUUCCGGCGGCUCUACACCAGUCUCCCUGAGAAGUUUCCUCCAUCUUCCCAGGAAGUUUACAACGAAAGACCCAUCAUGGGAUGACUCCAAGCAGCCAGCAUAUAUGUGUACAUUUGGCACAAGUGAGCCACAGGAAUCCCAUGGCUGGGAAUCACCCGAACGAGACCUCGCCUUACUGGAGCUUCUCAUCAUCAAUGGAGUCCGCCAUGGAUACGUUUGAGUGCUCCGAUUUCCUCGAGUUAGAUGACUGGUGUGAGGUAGAGCCCCUCUCUCAGAUGAUCACCGACCAUCCUCACCCGAGUCUCCUUCAAGCGAUGAACGAGGGUUCUCCUUCUGAGGGGGGAGUUAGCACCUCCCAGGACGGGCCUAGGAAUGAUGGUGGAAACAACAUGGGAGGCAUAGAAAAGUUUGUAUUCAAAACAAAGUCAGAUGUUGAAGUACUUGAUGAUGGCUACAAGUGGAGGAAAUAUGGCAAGAAGAUGGUGAGGAGCAGUCCCAAUCCAAGGUACAAUGAUUUAUGAUAGCAAAUGUGGGACUAGUAUGUUUUUUAAAUCAACAAAACUGUGUAACCUGAUCGAAACUGUCUUUCAGUCCUACCUCUCUUCCAGUAGAGCUCAACAUAAUAUACUAUCAACACUAAAUAUAAAGAGCAAUACAGAAAUAAUUUCUAUCUCUGUCAAUUUAAAAAAAAAAACAUUUUUCCGUUUUUCCCCGGAGUCCCAAAACACAAGACCUGAUAUAACUAGCUACCUUUUCUUAUGCCUUUUUUUCAACCUUUGUCUGCAUUUUCUAGGCAUCUAGGUAUUGGAAGUGCAUUGUAUAUGUUGGCUAGGAGUGAAGCGAUCAACAUGAUAGAUGGGCUGUAAAAGUAAAAAAGUAAACGGAUAUUUCUAUUGAAAAUGAUUUUUUUGGUAAAUUAUGUGCAAAGUCACCUCCUAAGUUAUACAUGAACUGAUCAACUCCAUUUGAAAAUGCUGGAUAAACUAAAAGAUUCUUUAUUACAGGAAAGGACCAAAUGGUACGUCCAUUUUUAAUGAUAUAAUAUUACCCAGGGGGGAAUAUUAUUGUUCAGACAUCAGAUGUGAUUAUGUUGUUUUUAAAACAGGAAUUACUACAAGUGCUCUGCAAUUGGAUGUCAUGUGAAGAAGAGAAUUGAAAGGGCGAAAGAAGAUGAACGUUAUGUCAUAACAACCUACGAGGGUACCCAUAACCAUGAAGGUCACCCGUCUUCAUCACAACCACGGAGAAACUCGCUGAUGCCACGUUCCCAUCCACAGUGAUAAAAAUCACAUUAAAAAUUGCCAUUCUUUUCCCUCUAAAUAAAACUUUCCGCAGUUUUUGGCAUUGUUGUAAUGAAACUGGAUGGGAACUCGGCAUUAUUCGGAGAGAAAAUGAUCACUAGUCAGUAAGGUCAAACCAGAAACAACCUAUAGCAUAUAGUACCUAACCAAAAGUUCUUUACUACUAAAGUCAGUUGAUAUAGAUGACUGCUAUUAGUUGAUGAGAUUUGUAUUGGACACUAAGACCUUCCAGUCAUCAACAUUGAUUCAAGAAAUAUCAGAACAUAGAAAAUCAUACUACGUACAAGUUUGGGCUAAACAAUCAUGGAAGUUCAAUGAAGGCGUCCAAAAAUAAUUGACAGUUGAUUUCCAUGCCGUCAGAAAGAGACCUACAGCACUCUAACAAUCCUCCUGGAUAUCUGCCAGACUGCCACUUUACUUUAUUGGGUGUUACUCUUCUGGUGUGGUGCCUAUGCGAUUGUUGUUGUUGUCGUUAUUAUAUUGGUUUAUUGUUUAUUAAUUUUUUACAGAUAAUGAUAUUGGUUUAUUGUAAUUAAUAUUAGUAUUAUUAUUUUAUUAUUAUUAGUUUCCUAUAUGUAUGAGAAUUAUAAUUUUGUUACCAUUCCUAAUAGAAAUAUUGUAAUAUGUUUAGGGUUACUCUAAUAAUGGGCUGCCGAGACUUUUCGGACUAGUAUAAAUAGAGGUGCUUCAUCUCCC